UGAGCCGAAAGAAUCAGUUGAUGGUAAUAGAUUGUCAAGUGCAUUUAGCAUCCCAAACCGGAAUCCAGAAUCACUAUGAAAUUCUUCUCAGUCGUCACCGUCUUUGUGCUCGGUUUGCUGGCUCUGGCCAAUGCUGUUCCGCUGUCCCCCGAUCCAGGAAAUGUGAUCAUCAACGGCGACUGCAAAUACUGCAAUGUGCGUGGUGAUUAGAAAAAACACAAGUUAACUCAAAGUGCAGACAAUGUAACAUAGAAUCUAUAAACAAUGCCAAAUAUUCAAAUACAACACACCAUUUCUCACUAACACAAA